AAAGUGUGCGUCGGUGGGCCCUCGAGCGCAGUGCACGGAGCCCAUCGGCGCGGUCCCGCAGUCGGCGCGCGGCGCACGAGGAGGGGGGCAGCGCGUGAGCGUGCGAGCGCCACUUCGCUUUCGCGCGUCGGGGAGAUGCGUUGACUGCCUUCGAAGGGGGGCGGUGGGGGGCGCGAGAAAUAGUUCUGUUUCGCAGGCACCUCACAGCUACGCUCGCUCGAUCGUUCUGGAAUAUUAUCUUAAAUAAAACAGGGGAUGAUGAUGGAGGAAUCCAGCUCGGACACGCUGCUGUGUGACGGGGACGCCAAGGCGGUGCAGCAGUGCUUGACGGACAUCUUCACGAGCGUGUUCACCACCUGUGACAUCCCGCAGAACGCCAUCUUCGGCCCGUGCGCCCUGAGCCACACCUCCCUGUUCGACAGCAUCGCCUUCAUCGCCCUCAAGUCCACGGACAGGCGGACAGCGCCCUACAUCUUCAGGGUGGACACCUCCACGGCCAGUGGCACCACAGAAAGCCUCAUGUGGCUCCGGCUCGUGCAGUCUGCAAGAAACGGCGACGAGCAGAACCUGGAGGCCUACGUGAAGAGCGGCCAGCUGUUCUACAGGUCUCUGCGAAGGAUUGAGAAGGACGAGGAGCUGCUGGUGUGGUACGGGAAAGACCUUGUGGAGCUUCUCCUUCUCAGCUCAGGGAGGAAGCUCAGAGUUCUAGGAGUUCCUCCCUAUAUGUGUCCCGACUGCAACCAGCGUUUCCAGUUUGAAUUCCCGUUUUUGGCGCAUCUCCGAUUCCGCUGCAGCAAAAAAGCGGCAGUCAUCGGUGUGGAUGAGAUAUCCAAAGAAGGCAGCGAUCGCGUGAGCCCUUCCUCCGCACCACCGAGUCCCCAGCUAAGCCACGGAGGUUCUGACGCACACGCCCAUCCACAGGAAGCCAAGCCUGCCACAGACUUCCACAAUUUAGCCAGGGAUCUGGAGAAUAACCGGACAUGCCCGCCCAGCGACAAGGAGGCAGAGAUCAAGAGCAAGUGUGUCAGCAAGAGGAGGCUCUCUGACCUGAUGGAAGGCCUGCCUCGAUCGCACGAUUUGAAGGAAGACGUUGAAAGCGUCGCUCCACGGUACGGCGCUGGUUACGGUCUGGGGGAGAACCGGGGGUUACUCUCACCGUCCAGUCCUGAAUUGCAGAUCAAGCGCAGCGCUUUUACGGAGGUCAGGAAGGCUCCGCAAGGCCAGAAGCAUGGCGCUAAGCACCAGAGCUUCAACGCCGAGAACAGAGACGGGGGCCGGCCGGGAGACCACCCCUCGGAGAAGCACGCUGGUGUACGGCAGGCCCUGACGGAGACCCAGCCGCAGUCCCGGCCAGAGGGCCCCCCGGCGACCAGCGCCUUCGCCCCUGUCUCUCAGCCAGGUGGGGGCGGUGCAGAGAGGAAGAGUGCCUUCAGCCAGCCAGCCCGUUCUUUUGCCCAGCUCUCCCCCCUGGUGAUGGGCCCUAAGCUGCUGCCCGCAGUGGACUGCCGCCCAGCCCUCGGGGGAGGCCUGUCCCCGACCAGGAUGUACCCAUCGGAUCCCCUCGCCGCCAAGCUCCAGGGCACGGAGCUGCUGCAGGGCGGCCUCCCCAAACACGGCCCCUUCGUUUACGCGGCCGCCUUCUGGCCCAAGAGCGCCGGCGCCGUCCAGAUGCAGGUCCCCCCUGCCCUCACGCUCCUGCCGCCCUCCUUCACGUCCCUGUGCCUCCCGGCGCAGAACUGGUGUGCCAAAUGCAACGCUUCCUUCCGCAUGACUUCUGACCUGGUCUACCACAUGCGCUCUCACCAUAAGAAGGAGUUUUCCAUGGAGCCCCUGGUGAAGAGGCGGAGGGAGGAGAAGCUGAAAUGCCCCAUCUGUAACGAGUCGUUCCGGGAGAGACACCACCUCUCGCGCCACAUGACGUCCCACAACUGACUGCGGACGCCGUCCAAUUAUGUUGUGUACUGUUUCGGGAAAGUGACAAAACUGGAAGUACGUCCCUCAAUGCACAUGCUUUCACUUUAAAAAGAACUCGUCCUCACCGGGUGUCAUGUCUAAAAGUAUGCAAUCCGCAUCUCGACGAAAGAAAUUUAUUGUAUAGAGAGCACUUUUGGAUAAAAAGGGAAAAUGAAACGUGUAAACAUGUUUUACUAUACAGAAAAAUAAACACAACGUGGAAUUUAAGUUACACUGCUUGUUGUUUUUUCACGCUUAAACAAAUUGUUAAGGUUAUAUUUAAGUCAGAUGGGAUUCGUAUGUCAGUCUAUAUUUGAAAGUGCAUGUAAUAUUUAAUAAAUAUGGAUUUAAACUGCAUUCUAUACAAUACAGUGUAAAUAACUUUUGACUGAAAAGUGUAAUAUUUUGUGUCAGUGAGGAAUACUGUCUCUCCCUUUUUCUGAAAUUUACAGUACCCAAGGGUUUAUCCAGUGUGCUGAAUGCUUUGACAAUAAAAAAGAUUUAUUUUCAUCCAUCUUUUAGUAUUACUUCACUGUACUGUUAUUUUUUCCAACUAUGAUGAUUUUUUUUUUUUUUUUUUUGCACUUUUACAUUGUAAUUGUGCACAUGGUAAGAAAAAGCUCCUUUCCCAUACAUAUGAUUUGAAAGAUAAAAUUCGGACGUUUCCUUCAUUAUUGAACAUGUAGUGUC